UCGCCACUCCACAACAAAUUUCCCAAAACAUCCCUCUCGACUUUACUCCUCUCACCCUUUGGCUACAUGGAAGAAAGCAUUGGCGACGCAUGGAGACCGUCUUCCGUUUCCCUCUCCGGGUUCCGGCCACCAGAAAUCCCAGUUGAACCCAUGGAGUUUCUCUCUCGUUCUUGGAGUGUUUCCGCUCUCGAAGUGUCGAAAGCCCUGGCCCCUCCUUCACUGCUUCUCAAGACGGUCAGUGGCGAUGGGGCGAUUCAUGAAGAUAUCGCCGGGGAGGCCGAAGAAGCGGCCACGGUUUCCGGAAAUCCUUUCUCUUUUGCUUCUUCUGCAACUUCGCAGCUCGUGAUGGAGAGGAUAAUGUCACAGUCGCAAGAAGUAUCGCCGCUUACAUCGGGGAGGCUCUCGCACAGCAGCGGCCCUUUGACUGGCAACCAAAGCUGUGGAUCGUUGACGGACAGUCCUCCCGUCUCUCCGUCUGAUGAUAUCGACGACGUUAAGUUGUGCCGUAGUACCAACACAGUUAGAACCCAGAACAGAGGCCCCACCGGAGGCGGUGGUGGUGCCGGCGGUUGCGUGGGUCCCGGUGGUGGCGGUAUCGUCGGUGGAGGGGGCAAGACUGUUGGGAGGUGGUUGAAAGACAGGAGAGAGAAGAAGAAAGAAGAAACCCGAGCUCACAACGCCCAGCUUCAUGCUGCUGUCUCCGUCGCUGGAGUGGCUGCUGCAGUGGCUGCCAUUGCUGCAGCCACGGCUGCUUCAUCAUCGUCCGGGAAGGACGAGCAGAUGGCUAAGACCGACAUGGCGGUAGCGUCAGCUGCAACAUUGGUAGCAGCGCAGUGUGUAGAGGCCGCGGAGGCACUAGGAGCGGAACGGGAACACCUGGCCUCCGUCGUUAGUUCGGCCGUUAAUGUCCGUUCUGCCGGAGAUAUCUUAACGUUAACGGCAGCAGCAGCGACAGCUCUACGCGGGGCGGCCACAUUGAAGGCGAGGGCAUUGAAGGAUGUGUGGAAUGUAGCUGCGGUAAUACCGGUGGAGAAAGGUAUGGGAUUAGGCGGUAACCAUAAUAACGGUCAUUCCAACGGUAACUACAGCGACGAACUUGUCCCCGAGGAGAAUUUCCUGGGUCUGUGCAGUCAAGAGUUCCUCGCAAGGGGUUGCGAGCUCCUAAAGCGAACCCGUAAAGGUGAUCUGCAUUGGAAGAUCGUCUCUGUUUAUAUCCACCGGACGGGUCAGGUGAUGCUCAAGAUGAAGAGCAGACAUGUUGCAGGGACAUUCACCAAAAAGAAAAAGAAUGUGGUUUUGGAGGUUAUCAAGGACAUGCCAGCAUGGCCUGGUCGUCAUUUGCUGGAGGGAGGUGAGCAACGGCGUUACUUUGGGCUGAAGACAGCAUUGCGUGGUGUGGUAGAGUUUGAGUGCAGAACCCAGAGGGAGUAUGAUGUCUGGACGCAGGGUGUGUCCAGGCUGCUUUCUAUUGUAGCCGAAAGGAGUAGUAAUAGACAUAAGUAGUGAGCCUUGACGUAUGUAUGAUCCUCUCCUUCUCUACCAAAGAAGGGAACCUGGCUCUGCUGCAGUCUGCACGGGUAGCAGCAAGAUGGCCCUCUCUAAGUCAUGCCAGAUCUUUUGAAAUUGAAGUUGGUGGGUGGGUCUGGCUGUUUCUCUUUCUGUUGUUGUGCUACUACUGUAAAGAUAGUUCAUCAAAAGGAAUUUCUUUAUUUCUCUGGGUUUGGGAAUUUGUAUUUUAAAGUGAGAGAGGGCUGGUUUAUGUGUAUCUAAGAUCAAAGCAGGAGCAAGACCGCUAGCAUGUGUUUUAAGGCCUGUAUUUCUUACUGUUUUGGAAAGAAAGAAAAAGCAAGAAUCUUGGACUAUUA